UAGUCCCCAAACUCCCAGUACCUGCUUCUUCUGGGGAUACCAUGUUGUUCUUCACUCUCCUGCUGGAGGUGAUUUGGAUCCUGGCUGCAGAUGGGGGUCAGCACUGGACAUAUGAGGGCCCACAUGGUCAAGACCAUUGGCCAGCCUCUUACCCUGAGUGUGGAAGCAAUGCCCAGUCCCCCAUCAAUAUCCAGACAGACAGUGUGACUUUUGACCCUGAGCUGCCCACUCUGCAGCCCCAUGGAUAUGACCAGCCUGGCACUGAGCCCUUGGACCUGCACAAUAAUGGCCACACAGUGCAACUCUCUCUACGCCCUACCAUGUAUCUGGAGGGAUUUCCCCGAAAAUAUGUAGCUGCCCAGCUCCACCUGCACUGGGGUGAGACAGGAUCCCUGGGGGGAUCAGAGCACCAGAUCAACAGUGAAACCACAGCUGCAGAGCUCCACAUUGUACAUUAUGAUUCAGAUUCCUAUGGCAGCUUGAGUGAGGCCGCUCCAAUGCCUCAGGGCCUGGCUGUCUUGGGCAUUCUCAUUGAGGUGGGUGAGACUAAGAAUCCAGCUUAUGAACACAUUCUGAGUCACUUGCAUGAAAUUAGGAAUAAAGAUCAGAAGACCUCAGUGCCUCCCUUCAACGUGGGAGAGCUGCUCCCCCAGCGACUGGACCAGUUCUUCCGCUACAACGGCUCACUCACCACUCCACCCUGCUACCAGAGUGUGCUCUGGACAGUAUUCAACCGAAAGGCUCAGAUUUCCAUGGGACAGCUGGAAGAGCUUCAGGAGACAUUGUUCUCCACAGAAGAGGAGCCCUCAAGGCCCCUGGUACGGAACUACCGAGCCCCCCAGCCUCUCAAUCAGCGGACAGUCUUUACUUCUUUCAUCCAAGUGGGAUCCGUAUAUACCACAGGCGAAAUGCUGAGUCUAGGAGUGGGAAUCUUGGUCUGCUGUCUCUGCCUUCUGCUGGCUGUUUAUUUCAUCGCUAGAAAGAUUCGGAAGAAGAGGCUAGGAAACCGGAAAAGCGUGGUCUUCACCUCAGCACGAGCCACAGAGGCAUAGACUCCUUCUCGGACAUCAUGGAUGCCUUCCCCUCAUGCCAAUCAGAGAGCUUCUAAAAUGAGGGGCAGGGACUGGCCAGAAAAUACUGUAGAAGUAGUGGGCAGACACCCCUCCUUCCUCCAGACAGCCCCUCCCGAGAGGCAUGGACAAGCUCUCAUUCAAGGAAUAACAGCAGAGCCCGCGGCCUCUCAAAUCAUAUAGAUCAGGACCAUCCCCACAUUGACAACGCAGAGGGCAAAUUGUGUUUAUUAGUGGGGAAAGUUGGGGAUGCGCCCCAAAGUCCUCUAUCCCCUUGCCUUUAUGUCCCUUUCCCUACAUGUCGUGCAGAUUCUCCCCUUAGGAAAAAGAGUUGCUGCUUUUGGGGUUAUAUUUUUUUGCUCAAUAUAUCUGGAAAUUAAAGUCUCUAACCCCACCCCUGGCCUUACCUUUGGGGCCCUUGAGAGGAGAGGAGUUCCUUAAUCCCUCAGGUGGCAGAGGUGUGCAAAGGACAGGGGAAAAGAAGCAGGGGUGAAAAACUCUUUUUACCCCAGUCCUGCGAAGGGAGGUCCACUUCUGGAAAAUGCUUAACCCAAAGUUUCUGACAUAUGAGACCACCAGCCCAGGUUUUUACCCUUGUACCAAAGCCAUGCUGGAGGGGAUCAGAGGUUGCCAGG